AUGGCCGACGCCGAGACCGAUAUUGGCCAGCUGUCCCCAACACAGCAAGAAGCACUCGAACAAUAUCUAGCCGUGACGAACCAAGAGGUCAAGGACGCGAUCCCGCUGCUGCAACGGUCACAAUGGAACGUACAGAUUGCGAUUGCCAAAUUCUUUGAUGGCGAAGGACCCGAUCCCCUAGCCGAGGCCAUCGCGGCCAGCCAAGCCAUCCCACAGGUCGCCGCGCGACACGAGAACCUGCAACAAAGUCUGCUCGCGUCCGAAUUCAGCUCACGCGCCGCACCGCGUCGGGACCGGACGGACCCGGCGCCGCGCAUCGUCCCGCCAUCGUCGACGACCCACGGCACGCCGUGGCUUCUGGGCUUACUGCUGACGCCGCUGAACUGGGGCUGGCAGGCGGCCACAGCCCUGCUGCGCACGCUCCUGUACGCCGUGUCCUUCUUACCCGCGGCGAUCCGGCCGACGCUGCUGACAGGCCGGCUCUCGACGGCGCUACAAGGCGGCGGCACAAGCGGUGGCGGGCGGCGGAUGCUGAUGCCGCGCGAUGCCGCGGCACGGUUCAAGCGCGAGUUUGACGAGGAUCACGGCGACAACAACCUGCCCUUCUUCGAGGGCGGCCUGGCGCAGGCGCACGACCUGGCCAAGAAGGAGCUCAAGUUUCUACUCGUGGUGCUGCUCUCGCCCGAGCACGACGACACGGCCUCGUUUGUGCGCGAGACACUACUAGCGCCCGACGUGGUCGCGUUCAUCAAUGACCCGGCCAGCAAUGUGGUGCUCUGGGGCGGCAACGUGCUGGACUCGGAAGCGUUCCAGGUGGCGCGCGAGUACAAGUGCACCAAGUACCCGUUCUCGGCGCUCGUCUGCCUGACCCCCAAGGAAGGCAGCACACGGAUGGGCAUUGUCAAGCGGCUGGCUGGGCCCAUGCCAGCGGCGACGUACCUGUCUGAGCUACAGGGGGCCAUGGAAAAGUACGGCGCUGACAUGGCGGGCGUGCGGGCAGAGCGCAGCGCGCAGCAGUUUGCGCGGAGCCUGCGAGACCAGCAGGACUCGGCAUACGAGCAGUCCCUAGCGACUGACCGGGAGCGCGCGCGCAAGAGGAAGGAGGCCGCGGCGGCCGCGGCGGCAGCCGAGAAGCGCGCCCUCGAGGCGGCGGAUGCGGCCGCCCUUCGCGCGGAAAAGGGUGCGCAGUGGAAGGCCUGGCGCGCGACGCAGAUUCGACCGGAGCCUCCGGUGGGUGAUAAGGAUGUGGUGCGCGUGGCGCUCAAGAUGCCUGAGGCGUCAGGCGCGGGCCGCAUCACGAGGCGAUUCGCACAGGACACGCCGAUAGAGGAGCUCUACGCAUUUGUAGAGUGCUACGAGGUGAUGGACGGCGCGAGCAAGACGGAGAAGCCGGCAGACUACGAACACAAGUACAAGUUUCGGGUGGCGUCGACGCUGCCACGAGUUGUCUACGAGCCCAGCGUGUCGGAGACGAUGGGGGCGGUGAUUGGACGAUCUGGCAACUUGAUUGUAGAGAUGAUGGAGGAUGGCGUAGAGGAGGAUUAA